AAAAAAAUCAACUAAAACAACAAAAUGCCAGCCAUUAACGCUCACCUCCGUUCUGCUCACGGUAAAUUCUUGUGUAUCGAACCAUCCGGACAAGUUGUUGCCAACAGAGAUGCCAAUGGUCCAUGGGAAACUUUAACUUUGAUUCCAUAUGGUGGUAACUAUGUUUUCAGAUCUGCUCACGGAAAGUAUGUCUGUGCUGAACCAUCUGGUUUGGUCAUUGCUAACAGAGAUGCUAUUGGACCAUGGGAACAAUUUUCAUUGGUUCAAUCUGGAUCACAUGUUGCAUUCAGAUCUGCUCAUGGUAAAUUGGUUUGUGCUGAACCAAGUGGUUUGGUUGUUGCUAAUAGAGAUGCUGUUGGUCCAUGGGAACAAUUCCACUUCUCAUUGGCUCCAAAUCAAACUAUUGCUUUGAGACAUGCUCAUGGUCAAUUGUUGUGUGCUGAAUCUAAUCACUCUGUUGUUGGUAAUAGAAGUGCUGUUGGUCCUUGGGAAAACUUCCAUGUUGAACAUCAUAGUGGUAAGAAUGCUUUCAGAUCUGCUCAUGGUAAAUUGAUGUGUGCUGAACCAAGUGGUUUGUUGGUUGCUAACAGAGAUGCUGUUGGUCCAUGGGAACAAUUCACUGUUGAAUUGCACGGAAAUGGUAAUAUUGCAUUGAAGUCUGCUCACAAUACCUACGUUUGUGUUGAACCAAGUGGUCAAAUUGUUGUCAAUAGAAGCGCUGUUGGUGCUUGGGAACAAUUGUCUUUCAAUCCACACUUUUAAAUUGAAUCAUUAAAUGAUAAUGAUAUUCAAUAACACUGAUAUUAAUAAUAAAAAUUAUUAUCCAACAGUGAUGAAUGUACUUU